AUGAUCACAAACCGAAGCGAGGGUCUUAGAGACUGGUUUGCAUUAUUCUGGUUUACAACAGCGGAGUACAUUACAUCGCAGAAGGGUAAACCUCUAAUCAAGCUGAAUGGAUACACGUUCUGUUCGACUCCAGCUAAAGGCCCUAAAGUUAGGUGGCGAUGCUCCACGCACUACCCUCACGGUUGUCGAGCUGCCCUCGUCACGUUCGCAGACGAAAUAUUGUCUAUAAGGGGUGAACAUAAUCACAAGCCAUAA